AUGCCGUUCUGGAAGAAAGAUCCUGUUAAAAAAGAAAUUUAUACCAAUGUCGCGGAAGGUUUACGACAGGUAUAUAAAGCAAAAUUAUUACCAUUAGAAGAAGCAUAUAGAUUUCAUGAAUUUCAUUCACCACAACUUGAUGAUAGUGAUUUUUCAGCUAAACCAAUGGUACUUCUUGUCGGACAGUAUUCCGUUGGUAAAACAACUUUUAUCCGUUAUUUAUUAAAUGAAGAUUUUCCAGGUAUUCGUAUUGGACCAGAACCAACAACUGAUUCAUUUAUUGCAAUUAUGAAUGCUGAUCGUUCCGGUACGAUUCCCGGUAAUGCCUUAGUUGUUGAUCCAUCAAAACCGUUUCGACCAUUAUCAAAAUUUGGCAAUGCUUUUUUAAAUCGUUUCGUUUGUUCACAAUUACAUAAUGAAAUUUUAGAAACUGUUACAUUUAUCGAUACACCUGGCAUAUUAGCAGGUGAAAAACAACGUGUUGAUCGUGGUUAUGAAUUUAC